AAUGUUGUUGUAUUCCCUUCCCGUGCUGUGACAAUAGAAAAUGCUCUUCAAUUGUUCUCACCGGCCCUUGCAAUUGUUGAUGAACAUCUGACCAGACAUUUGCCGAAGCAGUGGUUAAGAUCUUUAGCGAUUGAGGAAAGAGCAGACGGUAAAGACACUAUCGGUGUAAUUGAGGCACCACGCCAAUCAGAUUUGCUGAUCGAGUUGAUCAGGAAAUUGAAGCCUCAGGUUGUUGUUGCUGGCAUGGCUCAAUUUGAGGCUAUCACCAGUGCUGCUGUUGUGAAUUUACUAAGCGCAACGAAAGAUGUUGGUUCUCGGUUACUCCUAGAUAUAUCAGAGCAUCUGGAGUUGUCUAGUCUGCCAAGAUCUAAUGGUGUAUUGAAAUAUCUUGCUGGAAACUCCCUGCCUUCCCAUACAGCUAUACUGUGCAGUUUAGUAAAGAAUCAGGUAACCGUAACUUAA